AUGGAUUUUCGAGUUCCACAUUUCGUUCUGCACGACUUCAGUGAUGGCGAAGAGUCUAAAGUGAUUCGGAUGAUUCUAACCUAUGCGCGGGUACCGUACGAGUGUAAGGACGUCGACCGAGACAACUACAUACUAGAAGAUUAUCCUUUUUACACCUUGCCGAUGUUGGAGGUGAAUGAACGCAAACUCGGCAACGUGCCGUCGAUUUGCCGGCAGUUGGGAUGGAGAUACGAACUGAGUGGGCAGACGGUAGGCGAUGACUCGGAGGUGGAUAUGAUCGCGGAGAAGACUUUUCAAACAAGGAUGCACAUCAAAAACUGGCUUGAUCACCUCGAUCACCGGGAGGACCAUGACUGCGAUGUGAGAGUUCUUAUCAAAUUAAAAAAGUUGUGGUGGUUCUUCUGGAAUUAUUCAGCCAUCUUACUGUUUCAUUGA